UGGGAAGUCCGCUUUCUCCAAUAUUGGCUGACAUCGUUAUGGAGAACCUUUUGACGAGAGCAUUACGAACUGCUAACAUUCUUCCGCAGUUUAUACGAAAAUAUGUGGACGAUUUGUUCCUUGUGCUUCAUAAAGACCAAGUGAACGCAGUGCUAGAUGUUUUCAACACAAUGAACCCAAGGAUUGUGUUUACAUCCGAGGUGGAGGUUAACUGUCAACUACCAUUCCUGGAUUUGUUGGUAAUUAGGCUACCAGAUGGCACCAUCAAAACGGACUGGUAUACCAAGCCUAUCGCAUCCGGUAGAAUGCUUAACUUUUUCUCGUUCCACUCCAUGGAUCAAAAACUUUCGGUGGCCAGGAAUUUUAUCGACCGAGUCCGUAGCUUGAGCACCACUCGCAGUUCGGAACAACAAGAACAGCUGAUUCAUACACACCUCAGAAAGAAUGAUUAUCCCUCAGCUCUCAUCAAUCGUCUAUUGCGUCAGACACAGCGUAUAGACACACCGGAGAAACCAACCAUUUAUCGAUCGAUCCCAUACAUCCAAGGCCUGACACCAUCCCUAAAACGGAUAAUACACAGCAGUGGACUCGCUGUUGGGAUUUCACACAGCAACAACAACACAGUGGGGAAGCUGUAUCGUAAUGCUAAAGAUCCGGUACCGGACAUGAGCAAAAGCAACGUAAUAUACAGGAUCGACUGUCAAAACUGCCCCGGCAAAUACAUUGGCAUGACGGCGAAUAAACUCCGCAAUCGCAUGUAUGGACACCAAACCCAUGUCAACACACUGGAACAGCAUCUAGCGCAAGGGCAGCAAUAUACCGAUCUUCCAGUACAACAACUACGGGAAAAAUCAGCAUUGAUCAACCAUUGCAUCACCCACCAACACCGGUUCAACAUUAGCAAUCCCACUAUCGUCGAUAUAACGUACAAGAAGCAAGCUCUGCAAGUGUUGGAAAUGUGCCAGAUCGCGACUACAUCCAACACGGUCAACCAUCGGACAGACACCGAUAAUCUCAGCUGUGCGUACGCACAUUUACUCUCCUCUAUCAAAACCCGAAGAGAGGAGAGUCGUGCGUCGUCUACAAAUAGUUAUAAUCGACCCGAAUCCAACGACUACCCAUCCCAACUAACACAGACAGACACAACCACCCAAACACCACACAAUAUACAAAUCCCUCAGUAAUGUUCGAUCAGCUGUUAGCUCUGGCAGUGUUGGCAAGUGUCGUGGACCCUCCUGGUGUAGACCUCCCAUUUUGUACCACCCACCCACUACCUUCGGGGGUGCUGGCAGUAAAGUAUGUAACCUUAUAUUCCGUGUUCCCAAAACUACUUCUCUGACGGCUUUAAAUCCACAGUGAGACUUGUGCAGUGCAAAUUCAAAACGAGACAAUCAACCGUGAGAUGUACACGGGAUUGGACAAAAUUGAUUAAUUUCGAGCCCUGAAGAAGAUCCCAACAUCUGGAUCGAAACGUUGGCGAUGAGAUAAGAAAAUCAACGCUUUUCUUUGACUGAAAGCCGAAAUCCCCG